AUGGCAUGCAAAACCUGCCGCAAUCGGAAAAUAAAGUGCGAUGGAACGCGGCCUGUAUGUCAGAACUGCAGGCUGCGAUCCAUCCAAUGCACGUACAUUGGCGAGAGACGAACGCGACGUCGUACUGACGGUGGCGCCCGGCCGUCACUCUCUACCAGUUCUAGACAUCAGCUUGCAGAUGGCGACGACUUGCAACAUUACCACGUAUCGACAGCUCUGGAUAUAGCUCCGCCACCGAUAUCGAUGAGCGAGAAUAAGGACCGACACCAACCUAUUUCCAACGGCAAUAUGCCCUCCUGUCCCCGAGUUAAUGGUGCGGCCAUCCAACGACUGUCUGCCCAGCCACCGAACGAUCCUGGCGCCAUCCUUCAAACUCCGACCAGCUCAGAUGGUGGUUAUUCGGGUGCACUUCUGGACAGGAUACUCCAGGGCAACGGUGCCGAAUGUCUCAAAGACAGAAACCCGGCCGUAUGGAUCCGAGCGACAAAUGGAGAUGAGUACACCGGGCCCUCAUCCGGAAUCUCCACCAUCUCAGACCUGGGCUUGAAGUGGAUUCGUGAUAUCGUCCCCGAUUCAGACCAACUUUGCAAGACGGUCCAAGAUAUUCGAAAUGGCCUUCUCAACCAUCUGAGACAGCCCAAAUGGAUACCACCAAGCCCGCUCUUGACGCCUCCAGUAUCGUCUAGCUUAAAGCAUGUUCCGCAGUCACGAGUCAAGAGAUACGUGGAGGCUUACUUCUCGACUGUGCAAACCAUCUUCCCGGUUCUGGACCAAGAGAAAUUUGAGGCCCAACUAGCCAUCCUCGGCACUGACCCGGACGGCGAGUUGCAUUCGUGGAAGGCCUUGUUGAAUGCAGUUUUGGCAUCUGGCUGUCGUGCGGCACUCUCAGAGGAGACGGCAGAGGCAUUUAAAGAAUCUGGCCGUGAAUCAUGGCGCUACUUUCAAAUUGCCUUGUCUUACGAAACCGACAUCAUUCACGGCGCGACAGAUCUGAUGGCGGUUCAGGCGCUGGCCGUCAUGACCGUCUUUGCUCAAGGGCUCUCUAGUCCCCAAAGGCUUGAGUACACGCUCUCUUCCAUUGCUUGUCGGCUAGCCCAAAGCAUUGGGCUCAAUAACCAUCCACAGCCAGGGUGGAAUUUAUCUGAAAGCGAAAUACGGGAGAGAAACCGCGUAUUCUGGGUAAUAUACUGUCUUGACAAGACAAUCGCUUUGCGUUGUGGUCGACCCUCGAUGAUCCAGGAUGAUGAAAUCAGCUGCUGUUUUCCCCGUGACGUGCAGAUAGCCCGAAGCCCAGGAACCAGCCUAGACCUUGCGGAGAAGAGCCAGACGUUCGACUUCUUAUUGUGUUUCACGAGGCUCUCCCGUAUCUGCGGCAUUAUAUCGCAUCGGCUCUAUUCAGCAACUGCGCUCUGUUCGUCCUCGAGUCAGCUCUUGAGCAUACUGGAUCAGCUAUUGCAAGAUUUAGAAUCAUGGCGACGGAUGACCCCAACGGAAAUUCAACCAGGCAAACUCUUUACAUGGAGACAUAACACGCGAGGACUAUCGCGGAUGCAGCUUGCCGUCUUGCACUCCUCCUACUACUACGUUUUGUGCGCCGUCUGUCGUCGGUUUACCCCCUUGUUUAUCCAUGAUGAGGAGAACGCCCAGCACUUCAUUCCUCCCGAGACACACACACAACACAUCGAAGCAGCCAGGUCUAUGGUCUUACUGACUAAGCACCUUGAUGUAGAGAGUUUCACUCCUGGCUGGCUCGUGUUCUAUUACCCUCUGACGGCUCUUACCACCAUUUUCCUUCAUGUGGUAUCCAACCCGUUUAAUGAGUCAACACAAAGCGAUAUUGCCCUAAUGGAAGUCAUUGUCGGCUUCUUUGGCCGCCUGGAAUAUGUCACUUCUGGGGAGGCUGCUUUUACGAAAACUACUGAGUUUGUUCGCCAAGCACGUAGCGUUACGGACAACGCUGCCCGUGCUCGUUCAAACACCACGAGCCCGGAGCCUCGGAUAAACUGCAGACCAGGUCUGGCACUAUCACCAGAGGAUUGCAUGGAUACAGGGGAAACACCACUAGAGCUGACGGGAAAUAGCGCUACGCGGAGCUACCGCAUGUUGUCAACUCACCUCUCGAGCAACUGUGCCCAACCUGCUGUCCCUUCUCCAGAGACAGAAUCAGCUGGGACCUAUAAUUCAUGGAACGCGAGUGCCAACUGCGGAUUAGGGAUUGCUAACGAGGACCCUUCAUCUCACUCACUAUACAAUGAUGUGAUGGGUCUCCUGGAGCCACGGUCGGACGAGGUGUCUAAUGAAAGCUGGCUGGGGAGUUGGGUGCCAGCGAGGUUCUAG